AUGAAGUCUGCUGUACUUUCAUUCGUUGCCACCUCUCUAUUGGCUUUGCCAGCCCUUGUUUCUGCACAAUUAUCUGGUACCGUUGGUCCUACCACAAGCACUGCUUCUAAAGCUGCUAAGAAAAUUUGUAAUAUUCUUGACUAUGGAGGUGUUGCUUCUGCUACUACCGACAACGGUCCUGCUAUCUCAAAAGCCUGGACUGCAUGUGUGUCCGGAGGUGAAGUCUAUAUUCCCUCUGGAAGCUAUGGUCUAGGCACUUGGGUCACCCUCACAGGAGGAACUGGUGUGUCUAUUAACUUGGAAGGAACAAUUUACCGAACUGGAACUGCUGGAGGAAACAUGAUCUUCAUCGAGCACACAACCGAUUUCGAAUUUUACAGUGGUAACUCUAAGGGUGCUAUCCAGGGUUACGGCUAUGUCUUUCAUUCAGCGGGCACAUAUGGUCCAAGAAUCUUGCGUCUUUAUCAGGUUACAAGCUUUUCUGUGCAUGGCAUUGUCUUGGUCGACUCUCCUGCCUUCCACUUGACACUUGAUACUUGCACAGAUGGUGAACUGUACAAUUUAGUCAUUCGUGGUGGUAAUGAAGGUGGUCUAGACGGUGUUGAUAUUUGGGGAGUCAAUAUCUGGGCACAUGACAUUGAAGUCACCAACAAAGAUGAAUGUGUUACAGUCAAGAGUCCCGCCAGCCACAUCUUAGUCGAGAACAUCUUCUGUAACUGGAGCGGAGGAAGUGCGAUCGGAAGUCUUGGUGCUGACACUGCGAUCUCCAAUGUCGAAUACAACCACGUCUACUCCCAAAACUGUAACCAGAUGAUGUUGAUCAAAUCCAACGGUGGCUCCGGUACAUUCUCUGGCGCUACAUUCAACAAUUUCAUGGGGCACAGCAACGCCUAUACCCUCGAUAUCGACACCGCCUGGUCAGGCCAAUCCGUUGUUGCCGGCAACGGUGUCACGUACAGCGAUCUUUCAUUUAACCACUGGCAUGGAACCUGCGCAAAUGGUGCAGCUAGAGCUCCUAUCCAACUGCUAUGUCCUUCAGGCAUCCCUUGCAAAGAUAUCACCAUUUCAGCCUUCUACAUCUGGACCGAUGCAGGAAGUUCCGUCUUAUAUAAGUGUAAUAACGCUUAUGGAAGCGGUCCUUGUCUCAAGACUGGUACUACUUAUACUACGUACACAUCGACUGGAACUGUAACUUCUGUUCCUACCGCUUCCUACGCCUACACGACCAUGCCGGGAGAAAUCAAAUCAGGCCUAGGUCUCACAGCAAGUAUCGCCAUCCCAACUCAUCCCGCAUCAUACUACCCAGGUAUCGCUCCCUACAGCGCUCUCGCCUAG